AUGCUAAAUCCUACAGCAAUUCUGGAGCCUGAAAUAAAAAAGAAAUUCACUUCCAUUGCAGAUUUACUUUAUUACUUCCCAAAGAUUUGUCCAAAUAAUAUAACGGAACUGGAUAGAGAAUGGCGAAUGUUAAGAAAUGUCGAUUUUUCUUUCAACCAAAACAAAACUCCCGAUAUUAUCGACUUUUGGAAACAUGUACAAGAAUUAAGAAAUGGAGACGAAUCUCAAACAUUCCCCACAUUGUGUGAAUUGGUAAAUAAGCUUUUGUGCCUACCACAUAGCAGCGCCGCCGUGGAAAGGUUAUUUUCUGCUAUAAAUAUUAUGAAAACCAAAUUACGCAACAGAAUAUCGACUACAACUAUUAAAGGAGUAUUACACACUAAAUCCGAAAUAACCGAUUGCUAUUCAUUUGAAGCCACAUAA